GUUGCCCACUGUACAAAACUUGGAUUUUUGGUUCAUACUGAUGAUGCAGGACAGUCAUAUUCCCCGUACGCAGUCAGAAGUCUUCCGUGACCAGACGUUCUUGUUUACGUCUGAAUCGGUUAGUGAGGGACAUCCCGAUAAGAUGUGUGACAUUAUAUCAGAUGCAGUAUUAGAUGCGCAUAUCUCGCAAGAUUGUAAUGCUAAAGUGGCUUGCGAAACAGUAACUAAAACGGGCAUGGUGAUGCUCUGCGGAGAAAUAACAUCUAAAGCGAUACUAGAUUACCAGAACCUUGUUAGAAAUACAGUCAAGGAAAUUGGAUUUGAUAGUUCCUCAAAGGGUUUUGACUAUAAAACUUGUAAUGUCUUAGUGGCUCUGGAGCAGCAAGCACCAGAGAUUGCUGCUGGAGUUCAUGUCAAUCGUUCUGAGGAAGAUAUUGGUGCAGGUGACCAGGGGCUGAUGUUUGGUUAUGCUACAGAUGAAACGGAAGAGUUGAUGCCUUUGACUCUACAGCUGGCUCAUAAAUUAAUGGCUCAUCUUCACAAAUUAAGGCGAAGCGGUGAACUAGAAUGGGCUUGCCCUGAUUCCAAAUCUCAGGCAAGGCUUUUUCACUUUUACUUUAGCACGUUUUUUUUAAUGAUUGUUACCAUAGAGUAUAAGUUUGAUCAUGGUGCAUGUGUUCCCAUCCGCGUUCAUACUGUAGUGCUCUCGGCUCAACAUAAGCGAAGCUACUCGGUGGAAAAAGUACGAGAAGACAUAAAGGAACGCGUCAUUAAGACUUGGAUUCAAAUUAUGUUACUGGUUAUAAGUCUUAAUAGCAACACAAUUAAGUUAAAGCGUGUGAUACAGCUAUUUUUUCAAGCAUCCAUUGCAUUGUUUUGUGUACAGGAGGUAAUCCCUAAGCACCUCUUGGAUGAGGAAACAAGAUACUAUUUAAAUCCGUGCGGAAGCUUCAUUAUUGGUGGUCCACAAAGCGAUGCCGGUCUUACUGGGAGGAAAAUUAUUGUGGACACGUAUGGUGGUUGGGGUGCACAUGGAGGUGGAGCAUUUUCGGGGAAGGAUCCAUCUAAAGUAGAUCGUUCAGGAGCAUACGGUGCACGAUGGGUGGCAAAAUCUCUUGUUGCUGCUGGCGUCUGUAGACGUUGUCUUGUUCAGGUAUCAUACGCUAUUGGAGUAUCUAAGCCCCUUUCAAUAACGGUCAUCAACUAUGGAACCAGUGCGCUGACUGAGGACCAAUUGCUAACGAUCGUUAAUGACAAUUUUGACUUACGCCCUGGAGUUUUAAUCAGAGAUCUUGGUCUGAAGAACCCAAUUUACAAAGCAACAGCUAGUAAUGGACAUUUUGGAAACGCGUCGUUUCCUUGGGAAAAACCAAAACAACUUUACAUACGGCCGGAAUUUGCGGAAGUGUUGCGAGCUGCGGGGCUUCAAGAGAAGAAUCCAGUCAACAGUGAACCUUGACU